CUCAAGGGUAACGCUAAGCAUAAUUACACUCCUACGUGCGCGAGUGUGAGCGAAAUAAAUCAGCACUCAGUUCCGUUGUAAAAAAAUGGCUCUACUCGUUAGAAAUAUCUGCAAAACAUUUUCCCAGGCUGCUCAGAAGAGCAUUGUUAGGACUCUGCACAUAGGAGUGAUACGGCAACAAGAAUCAGCAGUUGAACAAGAAGGAAAGUUGAAAUGUACCUUAAUACCAGGAGAUGGUGUUGGACCAGAACUUGUGGUUGCAGUUCAAAGUGUAUUCAAAGCUGCAGAUGUCCCAGUUGAAUUUGAACCUUAUUUCUUGUCUGAAGUGAAUCCAACUCUGAGUGCUCCCUUGGAUCAAGUCUCCAACAGUAUUGCUAGAAAUCGAGUUUGUUUAAAGGGUAUUCUAGCAACACCAGAUCACUCUAUGACAGGAGAGUUGCAAACCUUGAACAUGAAACUACGUAAGAGCUUGGACCUGUAUUCAAAUGUAGUGCAUGUAAAAUCUCUACCAGGUAUCAAAUCACGUCAUCAGAAUGUAGAUUGUGUUAUCAUCAGAGAACAAACAGAAGGAGAAUAUUCUGCAUUGGAGCAUGAAUCUGUCAAAGGAGUAGUAGAAUGCCUAAAGAUUGUAACUGCUGCUAAGAGUCAGAGGAUUGCAAAGUUUGCCUUUGAUUAUGCUGUAAAGAAUAAUCGCAAGAAAGUUACAUGUGUUCACAAAGCUAACAUAAUGAAGCUUGGCGAUGGGCUUUUCCUCAGAUCAUGCCAAGAAAUUGCCAAAAUGUAUCCUAGGAUUAUGUUCGAGACGAUGAUUGUUGAUAACUGCACCAUGCAGAUGGUUUCCAAUCCACAUCAAUUUGACGUUAUGGUAAUGCCGAAUCUAUAUGGAAAUAUCGUCGAUAAUCUUGCGUCUGGUUUGGUCGGUGGUGCUGGAGUCGUCGCUGGUGCCAGUUACAGCGCCGAAUGUGUCGUUUUGAACCGGGUGCAAGACACACAUAUUCUGAGGCUGUUGGCAAGAAUGUUGCGAAUCCAACAGCGAUGUUGUUGUGUGCGGUAAAAUUGUUAAAUCAUUCGAAUCUCAAACGUUACGGCGAGCAGAUUCGGGAAGCGUUGAAUCGAG